GAGAGAGACAUACAGCCACAGUGUGGAACUUUGCCCUGGAUCACAGUAAUCUUGCUGACUCUCAGACAUGGAGACUCUGUACGCUGCACUUGCAGUCCUGAGCUUGAGUUUUUUCUUGUUUUUUGUAAAGUUUCCUUAUUUCCUGCACGACUGUGUGUUCAUCGUUACGUCCCUCAGGAUCAGGUCAAAGCGCCUGAAGUUCCGGAAGAGACUUCCCUACUACACAGUGCUGGACUGCUUUCUGGAUGCGGUGAGGAGACACCCACACAAGCCCUUCAUUGUGUUUGAGGAUGAGGUCUACACGUACCAGCAGGUGGACCGCUGGAGCAACAGGGCAGCACACGCGCUGCGGAAACACACUGACCUGCAAGAGGGAGAUACGGCCGCGCUGCUCAUGGCCAACGAACCACACUUCAUCUUCCUCUGGAUCGGGCUGAUGAAGAUCGGAUGCUCUACAUCACUUCUCAACACCAACAUUCGGGGCAAAUCCUUAAUGCACUGCUUCUUGUGCUGUGAGGCAAAAGUGCUGAUCGCAGGGGCAGAGUACAGCAGUGCAGUGUGUGAGGUGCUGCCAGACUUGCGUGAUUGUGGUGUAAGUGUGUUCCUGUUGUGUGAUAAUUGUGACAUUGAUGGAGUUCAGUCUCUGAAAGACAAGAUGGACAUCAGUGAGGACGGACCUGUGAGUCACACACUGAGAGCUAACGUCACCAUGAGAAGUCCGGCCGUGUACAUCUACACAUCAGGAACUACAGGUCUCCCUAAAGCAGGUGUUAUGCUUCAUGAAAGAAUAUGGGGUGGCACUUUCUUCCAGUCUAUGUUUGGCGUCAAGCACAAUGAUGUCAUCUACAUACCCCUCCCCCUUUACCAUGCUGCAGGACUGGUCAUUGGCCUUGCUGGGGCAAUAGAGAGGGGAAUCACGGUGGUGUUGAGGAGGAAGUUCUCAGUGUCUCAGUUCUGGAACGACUGCAGGAAAUACAAUGUGACAGUGAUCCAGUACAUUGGAGAGAUCAUGCGCUACCUCUGUAACACACCCAAGAGAGAGACAGACCAGCAGCACUCGGUGCGAAUUGCCAUCGGAAACGGACUUCGCGCCGACAUCUGGCAGGAAUUUCAGCGCAGGUUCGGUGUGAAAAAAAUCGGAGAGUUCUACGCUGCCUCCGAUGGGAACAUGGGCUUCUUGAACUACCCGGGGAAAGUGGGCGCUGUUGGCAAAACAAACUUCAUCCAAAAGAAAAUGACUCCUCAUGCCCUGAUUCAGUACGACCCUGAGCUAGAGGCACCGGUGCGGGACAGCAGGGGGCGCUGUGUCCCUGUCCCUACAGGUGAAACAGGUCUUCUGGUGUGUAAGAUCACUGAGAUCACUCCGUUUUCGGGAUACGCAGGAAAUCCAGAAGACACAGAGAAGAGGAAGCUGCAUGAUGUGUUUGAGGAUGGAGAUGUUUAUCUGAACUCCGGAGACUUGUUGAGGACAGACCACCAGGGCUUCAUGUACUUCCAAGACCGUGUUGGAGACACUUUCAGGUGGAAAGGAGAGAACGUGGCCACCACUGAAGUAUCUGACAUUAUUUCAGCACUGGAUUUUGUUGAGGAUGUGAGUGUGUACGGAGUCAAGGUUCCAGGUCAUGAGGGGCGUGUCGGCAUGGCGGCACUGACACUAAAGGAAACGCACAAGUUCAACUCUGAAAAAGCUUUCAGUCAUUUCACCAACUUCCUGCCAUCCUACGCCAGACCACGCUUCAUCCGUAUCCUGAGGAGCAUGGAGCUGACCGGGACGUUUAAACUGGUGAAAACCUCUCUGUUGAAGGACGGAUUUGAUCCUGAUAGAGUGACUCCGCCCAUCUACUUCCUGCAGGAGACCAGCAAGAGCUACAUCCCCCUCACACACCCACUCUACAAUGCUAUCAUAUCAGGAGAGAUCCACUUCUGA